AUGGCAAUGAAGAAUUUGCUGGCAACUGGCGCUCAAGAGUUUGGUGCAGAACGCCGUCGGGCAAUGCUGCUCAACUGUCUCGGAGAGGCCGGCCAGCAGAUUUACGACGCUCUACCAACGCCUGAGCCUGCUGUUGAGGAAGCGCUAGCACCGCUGGCAGCAGCAGGUGGCGAACAAGUUGUGGGAGCUCCCCUUGAUGUCUACGAGGAAACAGUUAAGUUACUGGAGGCUGAAUUUACACAGCCAGUCAAUGUGACGCUCCAGGAGCUCCAGUUUCAUCUACGAAGACAGAAAGAAGGCGAGUCCCUUCGCGAUUUUCUGUCGGCUCUACGGACGUUAGCCGCCAACGCUAAUUUUGGAAGCCGUACUCAAGACCGUAUCCGGAAACAGUUCAUGAUUGGAGUGGCUUCAACUGAAAUUCAGGAACGGAUGGUCCUCGAUGCAGCUCUCCCGUUCGACGUUGUUAUGCAUACCGUCAUGAACCUGGAAAGAUCACGUCGAGAGGUUCGAGAGUGGGCUGGCGUCGCUGCACCGAGCGAGCAGACCUGUCAAGUGACGCACUCAUCAGACUCGUCAGCCUCGAGACAACCCAGGGAGAGACAGUCCGGGCGACGUGAAGGGCAUGCUUCCAGAACGCCAUUCAAGCAGCCUGCCCGUCAGCAUAGUUCUUCACAACGGAUAUGCUAUGAGACAUCGCCGCCACCUCCACGGAGGUCAUCAUCCCAGAGGGUUGCGAGACAACGUCCUGCCUCGAGAGACGCGUGUGCGACCUGCGGGGGAAGCGGCCGAGAUCCGUUCUCCAGCCAUCAGCAACCACGACCUGGACAGUCGUCGGACCGCCGUCAGGACCCCGCGGCACAGUCAAUUCGCUCAAGGCCAGGCUGGCAAGGGCGGCAGCAUUCAAGGCGACAUGACAAUUUUUGCCACACACGUACUUGUGCCAACUGCGGACAUGGUCCUCAUCGAUGCCAGAGCUACGACACCUGCCCCGCAAGAAACCUUUAUUGCUACAACAGUGGUCGCAGGGGUCACCUUGGCCGCGUAUGCAGAAGCAUACGUCGGGACUACCAGCGAUCGCGAUACAAGCAAGUGGAGCAGGUGCUCUCAGAUUAUGAUGACUACGACGACGACGAUGAUUCUGAGAUCGUAUGCCACAUAACAGAAUCAUUAACUAAAAAAGUCUUGAUUACCGCCAAAGUCUUUGGAACGCCGAUACAGUUCCUGCUCGACACCGGGUCAUCCGUCUCAAUAAUGGACAAAGCCACGUUCAUGCAAUGGUUUGCGCGAGAUGCACUCGGCGUACUACCACCGGUGACGCUACUGAAUUAUUCGCGCCAGCCCAUUAAUAUCCUGGGAGCCUUCAAGGCAAUGGUGAUAUUCAAGCAGCGUCACGCGCAAGUGCUAUUCUACAUCGCAGACCAAGGCACAUCAUUGUUAGGCAUGGACGCCGUUGUGGCGCUGGACAUCAAAAUGAGCCGAGCAGCGCGGACUUGUUUUUAUACUGCGACCAGUGACAUCGGUAGUUACCUCACAACCCUGCCUAGGAGUGAUGUCAGCAGCAUCACCUAUGCUCGCUGCUCUCUAGAUGAAGACAUGGUUCCUUGCAUUCAGAGGCGUUUGGUGGUGCAAGACAACCCCAAUUCCACUUGUCAGGACAAAACUUUCAAAUCAGGAUACACAUAUACAUAG